GGCUGGAAGAAAGACCCGAGCCCAGACUUUUCAGAUCCUUUGUGGUCCCCAGAACCAUGAUUGAGGUUGUGUGUAACGACCGGCUGGGCAAGAAGGUCUGUGUGAAGUACAACACGGAUGACACGAUAGGAGAUCUGAAGAAACUGAUUGCGGCUCAGACAGGCACCCAUUGGAACAAGAUUGUUCUGAAGAAAUGGUACACAAUCUUCCAGGACCAUGUUUCCCUGGGUGAUUAUGAGAUCCAUGAUGGAAUGAACCUGGAGCUUUAUUAUCAGUAGGGGCAGUGGGCCUGCCAAUUCUGCAACCCACUCCCUAUUUUUAAAGUCUCACUAAUAAAAAUAAUUUAAAUGCU